CACCCCCUCCCACCAUAAUAAGCCCAAACAACAACAUUUUUACCCCUACCUACUAAUUCUUCUUUUUGUUAAGAAGAUAGCAAGAAAAAUAUUUGAACACAUAAAAGAUCAGAUAGCCAAAUUGUGAUGUGCAACUUUAAACUCUCCUCUUCACCAUCCUCACUACUUGUCUCUACUACCAAAAACCAUUUCCUCAUCUCUCCACAGCCAUCUUCUUCCUCCUCCUCCAUGGAUCCUCAACCCCAUGAUGAUGGCCUCCAUAGAUGGCCAACCCCUCAAGAGGCCUUGGAGGAAAUAAAAGCGAUAGGGAAGAUUUCAGGGCCAACCGCCAUUACAGGGCUGCUAAUGUACUUCAGAGCAAUGAUCUCCAUGCUCUUUCUUGGGUACCUCGGAGAAUUGGAACUUGCCGGCGGCUCUCUCUCCAUCGGCUUUGCCAACAUCACCGGAUACUCAGUCAUCUCCGGCCUGGCCAUGGGGAUGGAGCCCAUCUGUGGCCAAGCUUACGGCUCCAAACAGAUGAGGCUCCUCGGGCUUACCCUGCAGAGGACGGUUCUCCUCCUCCUCUCCGCCUCCGUCCCCAUCUCCUUCAUCUGGCUCAACAUGAAGAGAAUCCUCUUGUGGUGCGGCCAGGACAAGGAGAUCGUCACCGCCGCUCACACCUUCAUCCUCUUCUCCGUCCCGGACCUCAUCUUCCUCUCCCUGCUCCAUCCCCUCAGGAUUUACCUCAGAGCGCAGGGGAUCACCUUCCCGCUUGCCCUCUGCUCCGCCGGCUCUCUCCUCCUCCACGUCCCCAUCAAUUUCCUCCUGGUUGGGUAUUUCCGGCUUGGACUUUCCGGGGUGGCCUUGGCCAUGGUGUGGACCAAUUUCAACCUCUGCCUCCUCCUCUGUCUCUUUAUCUACUUCUCCGGCGUCUACAGGGAUUCUUGGGAGGGCCCCACCUCCGAUUGUCUCGGCGGGUGGUCGUCCUUGCUGGCAUUGGCCAUCCCCAGCUGCAUCUCCGUCUGUCUGGAGUGGUGGUGGUACGAGCUCAUGAUAAUGCUGUGCGGCGUUCUGGUCAACCCUCGAGCCACCGUAGCUUCCAUGGGGAUCCUCAUUCAGACCACUUCUCUGGUGUACGUUUUCCCCUCCGCCCUAAGUAGCGGCGUGUCGACUCGGGUCGGGAACGAGCUCGGGGCGGGCAGACCCGCCAGGGCGCGGAAGUCAAUGAUCGUUUCCCUGUUCUGCGCGGCGGGGCUGGGUGUGGCGGCGAUGCUGUUCGCGACGGCGAUGAGGCACAGGUGGGGGAGGUUCUUCACCGGCGACGAGGAGAUUCUCCGGCUGACGGCGGUGGCGCUGCCCAUAGCGGGGGCGUGCGAGCUGGGGAACUGCCCGCAGACGACGGGGUGUGGGGUCCUCAGAGGGAGCGCAAGGCCGAGAAUUGGGGCCAACAUAAACCUGGGAUCAUUCUACCUGGUCGGGAUGCCGGUGGCGGUUGUUCUUGGGUUCGGGCUGCAGAUGGGCUUCGCCGGACUGUGGUUGGGCCUUCUGGCGGCCCAGGCGUCGUGCACCAUCUUCAUGCUCCGCGCCCUCACCACAACCGACUGGACCCUCCAAGCCGAAAGAGCCAAGCAGCUCACCGCCGCCACAACCACCCAAUCUUCGCCGCCCAUUCCUCCACUUAAUAAACAGAGCAAGGCCGCCGCCGCCGCCAAAGUUGCACCGGAGACAUUUUGCGGCGGAGACGGCUGUUCCAUAGAAAUGGAACCUUUCAUAAUCAUUACACAUACGGAAGGGACAAGAACGUACUUGGCUUUGGAUCUUUUGUCACUUCUAUUUCAUCUCAUUAUCAUAAAUGCAUACUGUCCCACAAUUGUGAGACAUUGACACUGUUCAUCAACUUCUCCCCAGAUGUGUGAGAAGGAUGGAGCAGGACCGGAUCUUUUCUUUAUGGCUGAAAUGGGCAGUGUCAAAAUAGGACACCUACACCUCCAAAAGAAGGGGGUUUCAAGGUUGAGAAAGGGGACUUGGAGAAGUGGAGGGUGGGGCUGGUU